AUGCGUUCAACUGAAUUUAUGGCCUCGUGUAUAACUUUCGAUCAUACUUUGAAAAUAAAUAGAGGAGAAAUCACAUGCGCUUCAUUAGGCAUAGAUAUCCAAAUUCUUGAUGAGUCAGGGAAGCCUUUAAUGGGUGAAGCAGGAGACAUGGUUGUCAUUAAACCUAUUCCUUCCUUACCAGUAGGAAUUUGGGAAGACGAAGAUGGCUCCCGAUUUAAAGAAACUUAUUUUAGUAAAUUUCCUGGAAAAUUUUCCAUGGGCGAUUUAGGUAUGAUUAAUCCAGUGACAAAAGGUUUUGUCAUUUGUGGCAGAAGUGAUGACACUUUAAAACCCGGUGGUUGCAGGUUUGGAAGUUCUGAAAUUUAUGAUAUUGUUGAUAAAUUUCCUGAAGUUCGUGACAGCCUUUGUGUUUCUCAAUAUUCUGCAAAGGGAGUUGAAAGGGCUGUCUUGUUUCUGAAAAUGAAGAGCGGCCAUUGCUGUGAUCAGAUACUCGUCGACAAACUUAGAGCAAUGAUUUCCAGAGAGCUGUCUUCUAGACAUGUGCCAGAGAUAAUAAUUGAAACUGCAGAUAUACCGUACAACCUCAAUGGAAAAAAAAUGGAAAUCGUCGUUAAGAAUAUUAUCAAUGGACGAAAGUACAGUGCAGAAACUGUUAUCAAUCCAGAAUGCUUACAGAAUUUUUUCAAUUUUCCAGAGCUUUCCGGAUUCUGAAGCAUCAUUA